AUGUGCAGAUACUGGGAUUGGUCUCUAGAUGCCGAACCGCAUAACGAAUCAUCCACCCGUCCGUUUGAUUCAGAAAUCUUCAAUCCAGACACAGGUUUUGGUGGCAACGGCUAUCCCGUCGCAGCUACUCCUGCCCAAAAUCCCUUGAACAUUACAGGCAACACCGGUGGAGGAUGUGUAAUGAACGGGCCAUUCGCGCCUCCCCACUUCACAGUGAACGUGCCCACUCCACACUGCUUGAAACGAGACUUUGUUCCGUGGAUCGUCAAUCGAAUGGCAGACAAACGACUGGUCGACGAAGUCCUGGCACAACCGGAUUACACGAGUAUUGCAAGGACAGUUGAGAAGCAGCGAAGCUUUGAUCCUCCCAACAUUCAUGCCAGUGGCCACUUUGGUAUCGGUGGCAUUCUGGGUACCAUGGGAAACGCGGCGGAGAGCCCUGGUGACCCACUCUUCUACCUCCAUCAUGGCAACAUUGACCGCAUCUUUUGGGAAUGGCAACAGAAAGAUCUCGAGACGCGUCUCAAUCAAGUCGGUGGGCCUAUUACGCCUUUUGAUUACAGCGGCAAGAACGUUACUUUGGACUUUACCAUUAAUAUUGGCUUGUUAGCAGGGAAUGCCACGCUCAAGGACCUGUUAAAUACAGAAGGAGGGACGCUCUGCUACACGUAUUAG